GGAGGACGUAUGGAUCCCGCCGGCCGGUGGCAGAACCUGCCCAAGGGGCCCAGCUUAAAGCAUUUGACUGACCCGUCUUAUGGGAUCCCGCGGGAGCAGCAAAAGCCAGCGUUGCAGGAACUGACGCGGGCGCAUGUCGAGUCCUUCAACUACGCUGUGCGCGAGGGCCUCAGCCACGCGGUGCAGGCUAUACCUCCCUUUGAAUUUGCUUUCAAAGAUGAGCGGAUCUCUCUUACUAUUGUGGAUGCUGUCAUCAGUCCACCGAUGGUUCCAAAAGGAAACAUCUGCAAAGAGCUCAACAUUUAUCCCGCAGAAUGUCGGGGCCGGAGGAGUACCUACCGGGGCAAGUUGACAGCUGAUAUCAGCUGGGCAGUGAAUGGCAUCUCAAAAGGAGUCAUUAAACAGUUUCUUGGCUAUGUUCCCAUCAUGGUGAAGUCUAAGCUUUGCAACUUAUACAACCUUCCUCCAAAAGCCCUCAUUGAGCACCAUGAAGAAGCAGAGGAAAUGGGAGGCUAUUUUAUAAUCAAUGGCAUUGAAAAAGUCAUCCGAAUGUUAAUUAUGCCUCGGAGAAAUUUCCCCAUUGCAAUGGUAAGACCAAAAUGGAAAACCAGAGGGCCUGGCUAUACUCAGUAUGGAGUUUCAAUGCACUGUGUAAGGGAAGAACAUUCUGCUGUCAACAUGAACCUUCACUACCUGGAAAAUGGCACGGUUAUGUUGAACUUUAUUUACCGGAAAGAACUGUUUUUCCUUCCUUUGGGAUUUGCACUGAAGGCACUUGUCAACUUCUCCGAUUACCAGAUUUUUCAGGAGCUCAUCAAAGGCAAAGAGGAGGACUCUUUCUUUAGGAACUCCAUUUCUCAGAUGUUAAGGAUCGUAACGGAAGAGGGUUGUUCCACACAAAAACAGGUCCUUAAUUAUCUAGGUGAAUGCUUCAGAGUGAAGCUCAGUCUCCCUGACUGGUACCCAAAUGAACAGGCUGCAGAGUUUCUGUUUAACCAGUGCAUCUGUAUCCACUUGAAAUCCAGUACUGAAAAGUUUUACAUGCUUUGUCUCAUGACUCGGAAGCUCUUUGCUUUAGCCAAAGGAGAGUGCAUGGAGGAGAAUCCUGACAGUUUAGUGAAUCAAGAGGUCCUUACACCUGGUCAGCUCUUCCUUAUGUUUCUGAAGGAAAAAAUGGAAGCUUGGUUAGUGUCUAUAAAAAUUGCUCUAGACAAGAGGGCUCAGAAGGCCAAUGUGUCCAUAAACACUGAAAAUUUGAUGAAGAUUUUUAAUAUGGGAACAGACCUUACAAAACCAUUUGAAUAUCUUCUUGCUACUGGGAAUCUGCGUUCUAAAACAGGUCUUGGCUUCCUGCAAGAUUCUGGACUUUGUGUUGUGGCUGAUAAGCUGAACUUCAUACGCUAUCUCUCCCAUUUCCGCUGUGUGCACAGAGGGGCUGAUUUUGCUAAGAUGAGGACCACCACAGUACGCAGGCUGCUGCCGGAGUCCUGGGGUUUCCUUUGUCCUGUGCACACCCCAGAUGGGGAGCCCUGUGGCCUGAUGAACCACCUGACUGCCGUGUGUGAGGUCGUCACACAGUUUGUGUAUACAGCAUCUAUUCCGGCUUUGCUCUGCAGCUUGGGGGUCACUCCAGUUGAUGGAGCUCCACACCGGCCGUACAGUGAGUGCUACCCUGUCCUGCUGGACGGCGUCAUGGUUGGCUGGGUGGAUAAGGACCUUGCUCCUGGUGUUGCAGAUUCUCUCCGACACUUUAAGGUGUUGAGAGAAAAAAGAAUUCCUCCCUGGAUGGAAGUGGCCCUUAUCCCCAUGACAGGAAAACCAAGUCUAUACCCAGGGUUAUUCCUGUUUACCACUCCUUGUAGACUUGUGCGGCCUGUGCAGAACUUGGAAUUAGGCAAAGAAGAACUAAUUGGGACUAUGGAACAGAUCUUCAUGAACAUUGCCAUCUUCGAGGAUGAGGUUUUGGCUGGAGUUACCACCCACCAGGAGCUCUUCCCUCACAGCCUGCUGAGUGUGAUCGCCAACUUCAUCCCUUUCUCUGAUCACAACCAGAGUCCUCGGAACAUGUACCAGUGCCAGAUGGGGAAGCAAACUAUGGGCUUUCCACUUCUCACUUACCAAGCUCGAUCAGAUAAUAAACUGUAUCGUCUUCAGACUCCACAAAGCCCUUUAGUGAGACCAUACAUGUAUGAUUAUUAUGAUAUGGAUAACUAUCCAAUUGGGACAAAUGCCAUUGUUGCUGUUAUUUCUUACACUGGCUACGAUAUGGAAGAUGCCAUGAUUGUGAAUAAGGCCUCUUGGGAACGAGGCUUUGCCCAUGGAAGUGUCUACAAGUCUGAGUUCAUAGAUCUCUCUGAAAAAAUUAAACAAGGAGAUGAUAGUCUGGUGUUCGGAGUCAAACUUGGUGACCCACGGGUUUUGCAGAAGUUAGAUGAUGAUGGCUUGCCAUUUAUCGGAGCACAGUUGCAGUAUGGAGAUCCGUAUUAUGGCUACCUGAACCUCAACACCGGGGAAAACUUUGUGAUCUACUAUAAGAGUAAAGAAAAUUGCAUUGUGGAUAACAUCAAAGUGUGCAGUAAUGACACCGGCAGUGGGAAAUUCAAGUGUAUUUGCAUCACGAUGAGAGUCCCUCGGAACCCAACUAUCGGAGAUAAAUUUGCCAGUCGUCAUGGGCAGAAGGGCAUCUUGAGCCGGUUGUGGCCAGCUGAGGACAUGCCAUUUUCUGAGAGUGGGAUGGUCCCAGACAUUUUGUUCAAUCCUCAUGGUUUUCCCUCCCGCAUGACCAUUGGUAUGUUAAUUGAGAGUAUGGCGGGGAAGUCUGCUGCUUUGCACGGUCUCUGCCACGAUGCUACACCCUUCACCUUUUCAGAGGAGAACUCAGCCUUAGAAUACUUCGGUGAGAUGUUGAAAGCUGCUGGCUACAACUUCUAUGGCACCGAGAGGCUGUAUAGUGGCAUCAGUGGGAUAGAACUGGAAGCAGACAUCUUCAUAGGCGUGGUUUAUUAUCAACGUUUACGCCACAUGGUCUCAGACAAAUUCCAGGUUAGAACGACGGGAGCCAGAGACAAAGUCACUAACCAGCCUAUUGGGGGAAGAAACGUCCAGGGCGGAAUCCGUUUUGGGGAAAUGGAGCGGGAUGCUCUUUUAGCCCACGGUACAUCUUUUCUCCUUCAUGACCGCCUCUUCAACUGUUCGGAUCGAUCGGUAGCCCACGUGUGCGUGGAGUGUGGUAGUUUACUCUCUCCAUUGUUGGAGAAGCCACCGCCUUCUUGGUCUGCCAUGCGCAACAGAAAGUACAACUGUACUUUAUGUAAUCGCAGCGAUACUAUUGACACUGUUUCUGUGCCUUACGUUUUCCGGUAUUUUGUAGCCGAACUGGCAGCUAUGAACAUCAAAGUGAAAUUGGAUGUCAUUUAA